AUGCCUUGCCCUAGGCGAGGCAAUACUGGGGAAUCAACAGCAUUGGACCAUACAUAUGCGAGGUAUCCAACAUAUGAUGAAACUGAGAGGGGGGGUGGCAUCUCUUCCUUCCUUCCUUCGAGCAAAGCUGCACCGGGUGGAUGUAACGGGUGCAAUCAACUACGCAGAAAGACCAUAUCUCGAUUUUGUCCUAACGGAUCGAUAUGGUCGAGUCUUCCACUUGAGAUCCUCCAAAAGAUAGCCACUGAAAUGACGGAAUUACUAACCAUGAGUGAGGUUCACCCCUCUCUGGUGACAACGUUGACCAACUUGGCAUACUUCACUAUUGCCAUUAAAGAAAACAAAUCGAAGCGAAUGGGCUUCCUCGACCCGAUCAUUUUCACAGAAGAUCUGCAUGGGAUCCAGCACAACCUCCUCUCUUUCUCCACACUUCUACCUGCCUUUGACAACCCCGCAUCCAAGGUUGACAAAGCACUCGGAUUCGGUGCCUUGUUAUACACGAAAUCAAUACUCCAAGAGUUCCCGAACUCAGUGACAGGCCCAUCGAUCCUGCUUGCGCGGCUCCAAGAGUCACUGAGCGAGAUCGAGUUCUCGGAAUCUGUUGUUCCUCUGCUCGCUUGGCUUUCUUUGAUCGGUGGUGUGUUGUCAACGGGGGAGGGAAGAGAGUGGUUCGUUGCUCGCUUGCGGAUGUUGAUGGCAACCAAUCGGACAACUUCCUUUCAGGAGUUGGCAGGGGGCAUGAACAGGUUAUUGUGCCUGCGAAAUGUCUUCGAAAAUGCAUACGAGGAUAGUUGGCUGGAAGGUGUGAAUAAGGCGGGGUCGAACCUUGGUGGGAAACGAUAG